AUGGCCAGAUUCUCCACUCAUGUCCUGAGCGUCUGUUGCUCUAGUGCCCUCCAUCAGCCUCCACUGGUAUUGCAAGCCAGUGGAGGCUGGGCGCGGCUGGGAGAGAAGCACUGGGACCUCCUGGGGUCCAAUAGGAAUAGCGCUGAGCUCCGCGGCGGCUCAGAGCCAGGAGGAGCUGGCGCAGUUCGUGGCGAGGCAGCAGACCUUGGGGGCGCUCGGCGGCGGCGGCUACCAGGCCCCGGCCCAGCCUGCGGCCCAGCCCGGCAGGAGGCAGGCCUACUUCCUCCCCCAGGGCAAGUCCGCCCUCCAGGCGUCGCCCCAGCAGCAGGUCUACCAGAUCCCGCAGUCCAAGGCCAACGCUUAUCAGCCUCAUUAUGUUAUUCAAGAGCAUAUAUCUAG